UCGGGCGAUUGUUUGGUGUUUUGGGUUGUGAACUCGGGCAAAAGUACACAAUAUGACUACAAGAAAAAUGUUCUGCAUGACUAGCUUUAAACUUAAAACUGUCUAACGUUAGCUAGCUCGCCAUGGGUUUGCUGCUAGUUCGCUAGAACCCCACUAACGUUAGCCUGCUAGAAACCGUCGCAGUCAGCCUCCCAUUGUUUUUUUAUGCUUCUUUUCAUCGAAGUGACAGGACUGAAUUGAAAUGCGGAUACGCUUUGUUUAAUUUUAUUUCUGCUACAUUCCCGUGAUAACUUUUGAACCUAAAGUAAAAUUUGUAAGCGAAAAGAGAUCGGUAGCUUGCUAGCUAGAUUUAGAAGAUGACCCAGACAGUGCAGUCAAAUGGAGUGCAGCCCCUCAGUAAAACAUGGGAGCUCAGUUUGUAUGAACUGCAGAGAACCCCCCAGGAGGCGAUCACUGACGGGCUGGAGAUUGCAGUCUCUCCCCGAAGCCUCCACAGUGAGCUGAUGUGUCCCAUCUGCCUGGACAUGCUGAAGAACACUAUGACGACCAAGGAGUGCCUCCACCGCUUCUGCGCUGACUGUAUCAUCACAGCGCUGCGAUCUGGGAACAAAGAGUGUCCGACCUGCCGGAAGAAGUUGGUUUCCAAGCGCUCCCUCCGCCCCGACCCGAACUUUGACGCCCUAAUCAGCAAGAUCUACCCCAGCAGAGACGAGUACGAGGCCCAUCAAGAGAGGGUCCUGGCCCGCAUCAACAAACACAACAACCAGCUAGCCCUCAGCCACAGCAUCGAAGAGGGCCUCAAAAUCCAGGCCAUGAACAGGUUACCGAGGGGCAAGAAGCACCAGAUGGAGAACGGCAGCGGGGCGGAGGACAACGGCGACAGCUCCCACUGCAGCAACGCCUCGGUGCACAGCAACCAGGAGGCGGGGCCCAGCAUCAAGCGCACCAAGACGUCGGACGACUCGGGCCUGGACAUGGACAACGCCGCCGAGAACAGCACGGGCGACGCGGCCCUGGACGGCGCCAGCGAGAUCGAGCUGGUGUUCCGGCCGCACCCCACGCUCAUGGAGAAGGACGACGCGGCGCAGACCAGGUAUAUCAAGACUUCAGGAAACGCCACAGUGGACCACCUGUCCAAGUACCUGGCGGUGAGGCUGGCCCUGGAGGAGCUCCGCAAGAACGGCGACGCCAGCCCCAUAAACGUGGAGGCGGCCAGCGAGAAGCAGUACACCAUCUACAUCCCCACCGCCAACAGCCAGUUCACCGUCCUGAAUGGGUCCUUCUCCCUGGAGCUGGUGAGUGAGAAGUACUGGAAGGUGAACAAGCCCAUGGAGCUGUACUUCGCCCCGACCAAGGAACAGAAAUAGACCUGUCGCUCACCCCACCGGUGGGUGGGGCCUGGCCUGGGUGGGGCGGGGCUCAGUGGACUGACACUUCUUUCAUCUCCUCCUCCUCUCUCUUUCAAACUCAUCGGACUCAGAAGUCCUGCUUCUGAUUAACUGUGGCUGCUUUCUUUUUGUUUUUUUUAAAUGGUAUUUUGUAGGGGUUAAGGGUAUGGGGUGGGUUACUCUUGGGCAUGUACCUUUGUGUUUUUUUUUUUUUUUGGUUGUUGUUUUUGUCUUUUUUAUCCCUAUGUGUGUAUAUAUAUACUGUUUAAACAUCAGGCACUCAUAAUUUGGAAAUGACCUAUUUCUGACAUCCCCCAGUAGAGUUCUCCUCUUUGUGUUCUUUAAAUUGUAAUCGGACAUCACUUGGAGAUCACGUUGUCUCACUAAACCACUUGUUCAUUUCAAGGCAUACUGAGUGCAAAGGAUGCUCUAUUAAUUAUUAUGAUCCAAAGUGUUUUUUU